CAGCGCAGGGCGCGCGGGGAGAGUGGGGUCCACCACGGGAAAAGGGGUGAUCAAGACACUCAGGAUGGACGCACCGACCUGGUGCGUGGGCUGGCGUUGUCUCCUCCUUCUGGCUCUGGUUGGGUCUACCCGAAGCGAAGGCGUGCAGAGCUGCGAAGAAGUUCGGAAACUUUUCCAGUGGCGCCUGGUGGGAGCAAUCAAGGGGCUGCCGGAUUCGCCGAGGGCAGGACCUGAUCUUCAGGUUUGCACAUCUGAAAAACCUACAUGUUGCACCAGGAAGAUGGAGGAGAGAUACCAAACCGCAGCUCGCCAAGAUAUGCAGCAGGCGCUUCAAACCUCCAGCUCUACGUUAAAGUUUCUAAUAUCUCGAAAUGCAGCUGCUUUUCAAGAAACCCUUGAAACCCUCAUCAGACAAGCAGAAAAUUAUACCAGUAUCCUUUUUUGCAACACCUACAGGAACAUGGCCUUAGAGGCUGCUGCUUCAGUUCAAGAGUUCUUCACUGAUGUCGGGCUCUAUUUAUUUGGUGCGGAUGUUAACCCUGAAGAAUUUGUGAACAGAUUCUUUGACAGUCUUUUCCCCCUAGUCUACGAUCAUCUCAUUAACCCUGGUGUGGCCGAUAGUUCCCUGGAAUACUCGGAAUGCAUCCGGAUGGCUCGGCGGGACCUGAGUCCAUUUGGUAAUAUCCCCCAAAGAGUAAUGGGGCAGAUGGGGCGGUCGCUGCUACCCAGCCGCACAUUUCUGCAGGCACUGAAUCUGGGCAUUGAAGUCAUCAACACCACAGACCAUCUGCACUUCUCCAAAGAGUGCAGCAGAGCCGUCCUGAGGAUGCAGUACUGCCCACACUGCCAGGGCCUGACGCUCAGUAAGCCUUGUAUGGGGUAUUGCCUCAACGUCAUGAGAGGCUGUUUGGCACACAUGGCAGAGCUUAACCCACACUGGCACGCAUACAUUCGGUCGUUGGAAGAGUUAUCGGAUGCCAUGCAUGGGACAUAUGAUAUUGAACACGUUCUCCUGAACUUCCACCUGCUUGUUAAUGAUGCUGUGAUGCAGGCUCACCUCAAUGGACCAAAAUUAUCGGAUCAGGUGAAUAAGAUUUGUGGCCGUCCAAGCAGGACACCCACACAAAGCCCCCGUUGUUCUUUUGAUGAGAGCAAAGAGAAGUAUGGAAUGAAGAUCUCUGCAAGAAACGAAGAAGAGACUCUUGCCAACAGAAGAAAAGAAUUUAUCAACAGCCUUCGACUGCACAGGACAUUUUAUGGGGCCCUAGCUGAUCAGCUUUGUGUUAAUGACUUAGCCGCUGCUGAUGGACUGCCAUGCUGGAAUGGAGAAGAUAUAGUAAAAAGCUACACUCAGCGUGUGGUUGGAAGUGGAAUCAAAGACCAAUCUGGAAACCCUGAAAUCAAAGUCAAAGGAACUGAUCCUGUGAUAAAUCAGAUUAUUGAUAAACUGAAGCAUGUUAUUCAGUUGUUACAGGGUAGGUCACCCAAACCCGAGAAGUGGGAACUUCAGAUGGGCAGUGGCGGUGGCAUGGCUGAGCAGGUCAGCGGGGACUGUGAUGAUGAAGAUGGUUGUGGGGCAUCAGGGAGUGGAGAAGUCAAGAGGACACUAAAAGUCACAGACUGGAUGCCAGAUGAGAUGAACCUCAGUGACGUAAAGCAAAUCCAUCAAACAGACGGUGGUAGUACUUUAGACACAACUGGAUCAGGAAGUACAGCAGCAACUGAGUCAAUGACAGUCACUCUGAUGGGUGCAGUGAUGCUACUUCCUACGCUUUGGUAACUGCACUCUUCUGCUCUGAUCGCAUAUGUCUUAUUGGAGUCUCAUUGCUCCCCUCUCUUCAUUUGAUUGGAGUUAAGAUCUUUUUGAACAUAACAGUUAUAUUUAUGAAAAGGUAUGUAACACUAACCUCUUAGAAGCCAAGUUGGAAUGUUCACAAAGUAUCUAACAAUCAACAUUUAAAUGAUAGACUGUUUGAAAAUGUCUCCUUUGAAUCUAAAUUAAACCUUCUUCAAUUCAAUCAUAUUAAACUUGUGAAUGUGAAGAAUAGAGAAGUGUAUUCAAUUCAGGACUUAGUGUAUCUAUAAUUUUAUUAUCCCCGAUUCCAAACUCAUUGCUUUCUUUAAAAAAAAAAAGAAAGAAAGAUUUGAUUUGAAGGUAUAUUUGCAGAACAAUGAAAACAGUACAGAGUGUUUCUUAAAAUACAGGAAUUAGAAUUCCAUUAGAGUCAAAACAUACAAUGGCAAGUAGUAUGCAUGCAUUUUCAAGAAAUUCUUCCAUUUUUGCAAGCUAUAGAAAGAAAUUACUGAAAGCCUGUACAUUAUAGAGUAGAUUGCUGAGGAACAUUUCAUGUGAUUUCAUUGAAGAAGCUUGAUAAUUUUUAUCCACUGUAACUUAGCCACUGACAAACCUUAAAGCUGAGUAUUUUGGUAGCAUCUGAUCUGUAUUCCAUUAUAUCCAAAAUGCCAUCCAAAGUGCUCUGUUCCAGACUCUCUCUUUGCCUAAUUGAUUUAGCUGUGUUACAAAGUACAUGCCUGCUCUAAGAAUAUCUCUAAUAAAGCCGUUAAUUAUUUGGUGGAAAA